UUUUUGAUCCAAACGUAACCCUCUCUCUCUCUCUCUCUCUCUCGCUGUUUCUCUAUCUAUGCCUGUGAGUGUCUGCAACUAAUGUUCCCUUGGACGAUGGUUCUGCAAAAUCUUAAAGAAGAAAACAAGUGAACGCUAAAAAAUACAAACUCAUUUCCACAGUUGAACGCCCACUGAAGAGAAGAAAAAGAAAAGAAAAAGAAGGGGAAAGAAAACAGUUUCCACUUUCCAGAACCAUGGUUUUAAACAAGAAGAAAAAGGAAAGCCCUUUAGAUCUCUCUUUUCUUCCCUUUCUUCCAGAUCUCUCACCUUCACAAAACACUUCAAUAUAGGUUUUAAACGGUUUAAACGCAUUUGUCCAUGAAAGCAAGGUUUAGAGUGAUUUUUGGCACUUGGGUUCGCUUCAAAAUAGAGAAAUACCAUUGAUUUUAAAGAUCUUUCUGUCAACUCCAAGACCAUUGAUGCAUCGGUGGGAGGGUUAGUUUGGGUCCGGCGUCGAAACGGUUCGUGGUGGCCUGGCCGUAUUAUGGGUCUUGACGAGAUUUCGGAGGGUAGUUUGGUUUCUCCAAGAUCAGGCACUCCCGUUAAACUCCUCGGCCGAGAGGAUGCCAGCGUGGACUGGUAUAAUCUUGAAAAAUCUAAGAGGGUGAAGGCAUUUCGAUGUGGGGAAUAUGAUGAAUGUAUUGAGAAGGCCAAGGCAAAUGCAGCAAAUGGUAAUAAGAAAACAGUGAAAUAUGCUCGGAGGGAAGACGCCAUUCUCCAUGCCCUUGAAAUUGAGAAUGCUCGCCUGGGGAAGGAUCGUGUUGACUUCUUUUCUAGAACCAAUAAUUCAGGUGGUGAGCUUGGUAGUUCAGCCAAAGAAUUGCCUAGCAUGUCUGGUUCUGGCAAAGAAGAUGUGGAUAUGACAGAAGAGAGUGAUUCUGGUGAUAUUAAAGAUGAUUCAGAUUCAGGUUCAGGUUCAGCACCAGAAUUAUCUCAAUCUGGUAUAUCUUUUGAAGAGCCGAAUCAUCUUGGUGCUUCUAAGGUGCAAUCUGUACAGGAAAAGAGAAGAAGAACCCCAAAUGAUUCAGAGGAUGAUGGAACAGAAGGAAUUAAGCGUAUGAGAGGACUUGAGGAUCUUGGAAUUGUUGUAGGAGAUUCAAAUGCUGUAAAUUGCUUGUCAAAUGGCAGUCCUAUAAAUGGUUGCAAAGGUUACUCAUCCAUGAAAAGAAAGAGAUCACAAGUAGCAAAUGUUCAUGAAUUCUUGAAAAGAAAAAAUCGUCGCCGACCAUUGACAAAGGUAUUGGAGUGUACAGCAAUGGUGUCUGUUCCAGUUAUUUGUGACCAACUUCCUAAUUCAAGUGGCUCACCUCUUAAUGGGUUAUCUGACAGCAAGGUUUCUGGAAUAGAUUCUAAUGAGUGUAGAAAAAACAUUUCUGUUGUAGUUAAUAAUAACUCUGAAAGUACUGGAAUUUCUUGCGAUAAUGGUGCAUCUUUAAAUCCUAUUGAACAUGCUUAUGAUGCUUCCCACAUUAAUUCCAAGCUGAAAAAGGAGAGCGAUGUUCCUGUUGUAUCUGAGUUUGUUGAGAAUGAUUCUUCAGACAAGUUAUUUGAUGUGCCAUUCGUUGGGGAGGAAAAGCACUCUGCAGGUUUGUCUCCUAUGUUUGUGUCUUCCUUAGGAAGGCAUCAAGUUGGUGCAUUGGGGAGGCAUUCUAGUCAAAGUAGUCAAGCAGAGGCUGUAUCUCUGAGAAAUGAGGUACUCAAUGAAUCUGGUUCUACCAGUUCAGCAGCUACUCACGUGAAUAAUAUCAGUCAGAGGAUAGAGAAAGGUACUUCAAAGUGGCAGUUGAAAGGAAAGAGGAACUCAAGACAUAUCAAUAAAAAUAGAAAACAUGACAAGAGGAAAUACAUGGCCAUGGAUGAUGAGCCUCAUGCAUAUUUGGCAGGUAUAGAGCACUUGGAUGGAUUCUUUCCAAGUUCUGAUAAAAAAGUGGAUUGUGAUGGAACUAGAAGGUCCCUUGCGUCAUACAAUUGCAACUUGCAAAUGAAGUCCAAACGGAUUGCUGAUGACCAUGUAGAUGGGGUACGGGAUUGGAGCAAAUCUUUUUCUCACAGGGAAUCUCAUAUGAGAGGGGGAAUGAUGGAGGUGUCUUUGCCGCCUCAAAGAUCGCUUCCCUAUCGUCAAUCACGCUUUACAGUUAACUCCAGAUAUCAGGCAUCAGAUUUUCCUGGCAGGAAUAUAACUGAUUCUAAACUUUAUGAUGUUAAGCUUGAGGUCAACGCAAAUUACCAGCCACAGAAUGUUCCAUUGGUCUCCCUUAUGAGUAAAUUGAAUGGUAAAGCCAUUGUUGGUCGUCCUUUAACAGUUGAAGUUUUGGAUGAUGGCUACUGCGAUCUUAUUAUGAGUAGCAAUGAAUGUGAUCCAACUCAUGCACCUGCUCUGGAAGCUGCUGAACUGAGGCAUGCGGCUAUGCAAAAUUCAGAAUCUGGAAGGAUUACUGCUAAGCAUAUGACAAUGCAACCGCAUUUUUCACCAAGUAAAUCACCCAAGAGGAAAUGUGGGCUUUUGUCUAAAAAGAUCAGAAAACUAUCUUCAUUGACUGGUAAUAAAGAGGAAGAAAGGAAACCAGUGGUAGAGAAACUAAAGGGUCCUGUUAUAGCUUGUAUCCCGCUUAAAUUAGUGUUCAGUAGGAUAAAUGAGGCAGUGAAUGGUUCAGCACGACAAACACACCGUGCCUUAACAUAAUUAACUCAUGAAUUUGGUUCUUGGAAAACACUUGCAGAAAGUGGAAUUCUACCCUCAUAUUUGGUUUAUUGGUGUUUUGGGAAUGUUGUUUGACAUAGGGAUUCUCAGCUUAUUCAAACCAUGCUUGGUCUGUUGCAGCAGGUAGUGUGCCGUGAAGGUAGAAUCCUUCUGUAUAAUUCCAUGGCCAAUUCAUUGUUGUAGAAAAGGAGGUCUAGGAGUAAGAGGGAUGGAGGCUUUCUUUGGCAUUGUAUAUAUGUAACAUUAGUUGAGGUGUAAAGAUGUUGAUCUGGUAUUGGGUACUAGUGGCCUGAUAUUAGGUUUAAUUUAUGAAUUCAGGCUGGUUCAGGGGGCUAUGGCUAAUAGCUUAAUUUUCAGUGGCUUGUUUGGGACAUGAGGAGCAAUUUAUUCCAAGCCACCUUUUGCUUCAAUUGUUUUAUUGCUUGAAAUCCUAAUAGAAUCCUUCCAAUUGCAGCUGGCA